AUGGAGAAUCGCGAGCUUGCUGAUACUGCUUUUAAAUCAAGAAAAAGGGUGUCUGGUGUAAGAAACAUCGAAAACUAUAAGCAUAACAAAAUAAAAAAAGCCAAAAUUGCUGGAAAAGCUCAUAAAUACCAUAAGGGGAGAGAUGUUAGAAUAUGUUUUGUGAUACUUAUAGGGCCGAAAACUGAAGAUAUCAUAGACAUAAGAAAAUGGUGGCCGAAACAUUAUAAGAAAGUGGUGCUGUCUGUGGAUUCCCAUGGAAAAGGAAUACCCAAGGGACAAAAAACAACUUUUGCUAUUUCCAAAGUAUCACAUUUGACUUUUUCUAAGUCCACACCAGGUCUUGUAACAACACGUGGUUCCAUAGAUUGUUUUAUCAGUUAUGAUUUCCAGCUCUUACAGAGGAUGGGUACCAGGCCACCCUUACCAACAAGUGAUACUCCUGCAUAUGAUGGUAAAGUGCCAAUCAAUGAAAAGAAAAUGGCAGAUUUGAACAAAUUAGCAAAAUAUAUUCCAGCAGAGUACCAAGAUUUCUAUACAGAGGUUUUUGCAUGGCCAACAACUGAAACAAAAAAUGAUUAUCAAGAAAAUAAUGAUGAUAACUAA